AUGGAACAAACACUACAGAAUCUCGAAGAGACUUUCAAAAGCAUUCUUCCUGACAUACUCGACUAUCUCAAUGAAGGACCUACUAAAACACAACAACUUGUGAAUAAAAUUGGUAUGAACUUUGCGAGACUUCAAGUUCUCGAACUGUUGGAAAUCAUGGAGCGUAUUUGUUUGGAGGACAAAAAGAGAAACGACGAGGGAGAUGACAGGGAAGAUGAGGAGAAAGAUGAUGAGGAAGACGACAAGGACGACGACGAGGACGAUGAGGAAGACGAUGAGGAAGACGAUGAAGAGGAGCAGGCAGAGAAGAAGGAGCAAUGA